GUGAAAGCAGACGGUGACGUCGCUUUAUUACGGUGAGAUCUACGGCACGUACAUCAAAUUGCAAGCAAUACUAUACUGUUUGUCAAGGGGAAAAGAACUGUAAGGUGCGGCAGCGUUGGUGGGCUCGUAGCCCGGCAACAGGCAAGGCGUGUAGCUGGACUGUUAUUCGCAUCGCUUACUAAAGAAAGGUGAGCGUUCGUGACAACCGAAAAAUAAAUUUAGAGACGUAUAUCAACUAUGCAUAAUCGGAGAUCGUGUUUAUACAGGCGAAAGCUUGACUGCGCAAGAAAAGCGCGUGGAAUAGGGCGGCCGAUUCGCGUGCGGUUUUAGUCAGUUCCCGCGCGAUAGCUGGGCGGAGCAGUGUGUUGCCGUCGACUUUCCCGCGCCGCCCGCUACACGAAACAAAACUGAUAUCGUCAACCCGACCAGCCUGUGUUCACAAGUGUUCAACAUGACUCGUUAACGUGUUAAAUUGCAACAUUUCAUUUACAUGAAAGAUGAUUAAAGCUAUAAAGUAUUUAUGAUUAAUUUGUGCGGGAGAGAUCUGGCAGAUCUGCACAACUCUAUCAACAGGAUUGGAAGAAAACAGAGAUUUACACUCGUUUUAACGACUGUAACGCCGUAAAAAACUCUGAUCAAUAUGGAAACUGACAAGAUGUCGACGGCGUCUUCGGUCGGCGCCGAGCGGCGGCCCCUCAUGCAGGCCCUUAUCAUCGAGCGACGGAUUCUCUUCGCUUGCACAAUACUCGUCGGGCUGUGCACAUUCCUUUGGAUCACGGCCGUCUGCACGAGCAAAUGGGUUCAUAUAGAGGGUGGUGACGGUAUCGCCUUCACCGCUAGAAACGCCUCCAUGUACUUCCUGUCGAGCGACUCCGGCGUAUGGGAGAUCUGUCGACACGAGUUCGUGCCCAACGCCACGAAAGCGACGUUCAGACUCAAUGCAACAGUACACGCGCACGACUGUACGGCCGUCGGGACUGUUGCUGGACAAUGUUAUACAAUAAACGAAGAUGCGGAUGAUGAUGAUAUGCAGAUCGGGAAGGGAGUGGGCAAGGCAGCCAUUGCCGUGAACCGCGAAGAGUAUCUGCUGGCCCACAGGGACCUUUCAAACGAAUACAUGCAAGUUCAACUGAAGAACAGCUUAUUACAUCGUCGUUUGGGGGAGUAUUACAAAAAAAGAAAACAAGCUCACGUUCUAAAACAACCUCUGGAUGCCGCCGACCAGGAGGAGAAGUACCAACAAAAACUACUCGUGUACGAACAGGUGAAAAACGAAGACGAAAGAGAAAUAGCUGAUAUCAAAACCAAAGUGAACUUGGUGGACAAGCAAUAUGAAGAGAAACUUCACUAUGCGGAGAGCAAGUUUGACGGACUGCAAGCCCUAGAGAAAAGUACAGGCACUGGACUUAUAUACUCUAAGAAGGGGAAACCGAUUGCGGAUAAGACAUUGAUGCGGUUUUUGACCCUGCAACGUCGGAAGGCGGAGCAAACGGCUGCGCUCCGUCUCCGCUACAUCAGAGUCAGGAACGCGGUCUCAGAGCUGGAUGGCAUCAUCAGGAAGCUGGAAAAGCUGGGGCCUGGGCUCUACGUGGCCCAGUACGAGCAGCUGCGUUGCGACUACGAGAACUUUAUGAACAAAAUAGAAGAACGGGAAGAUGAGCUCAUCAAGAACCGUAAUAACUGCGUGGAGCAUAACCAGAUCUUGGCACACAUCAGAGAGAAGAUGCAUCACACUGAUCAUGUGAUCGAUAUAACAGAGGGCGAUCUUGGGGAUGCGGAGAUGGAGUAUUUUAGAGCUCGAGAGGAUAUGAGUGUUAUCAAAAACCGGCGUGAUAAACUUCGCUGGUGCUUGGGUGCCGAGCGACUGAAGGCGGGCCUCCUUACCAGAAAGGACUUGUUGCGUGACUACCAAAACGCUAUUGAUGAGGUCGAAACAAUGAGAGAAAAGAAAAAACGCCUAGAAGAAUUAAUCCGCAAAGCCACUGAAGAGGUAAGAUUAGCGCGCAAUCUAAUGCAGCAAGCAGAUGGCAAUGGCAACAAUUAAUCUGGAAAACUUACCUGUCUAAAAUGUGGAUAAUGAAUAUUGUGCCCCAUAGUGUACAGUCGCCUGUAAAUAUAUGUUAUUCUUUGAAGGCCGCAAACAUAUGUGACACGCUCUUAUGGCUCUACAAAUAAGAUCGUGCCGAUAUUUUUGCGGCCUUUGUUGUGUCACAUAUUAUUGCAAGUGACUGUACCAUACCGUCUCUUCUCUAUCAUUAAAGUAUUUCGCUUAGUCUCCAUGUUUAGGAAGUCAACGUCUAAUGUAGGCACAUAACAAAUAAUGUAUUCCGUGAAUGUAGGUAACUGUAACAGAACUAGGUCAUGUUACGUUUCGUAUGUAACAAGGUUAUUUACCAAAAUUUUCAAACCUCGAGUCGUGCUACAUCGCUACAUGGCACAAAUAUUGUUUUUUACAAAAAGCAAAUAGGCGGCUUAAAAUGUGUGCAGGAUCCUAAACAAAUACAGGCAGGAGUUUAGAACUGGCUAGCGAGGCUGAAUACGUUUUAUUCGUAUUUAAUAAAAUAACUUAGGUACUUGCUUUCUAUGUAGAUAUUCGAUGAAACUCAGACACCAUAUUUUGUACAAUUGCUAACGUACCUGGUCUACGUUUUCUCUCAAGAACACGAAGACCUAAACAGAUGUGCUCAUGAGCAAAGUCAAAGAAAAAUUAAGUACCUACCUACUUAAGAGUCCGCAUCAAACUCGGUUCUCCAUACAAACGUAGUUACGCUCCCAUUUCAAAACGACUCGCUAGAUUGCUCUGGAACUUUGUAUUUGCAAUAAGAUACGAUAUAUCUAUGGCUGUAAUUAAUUAGUUUAUUUAGCUUCAGGUACUUAAGAUAAAUAAGUUUUUGGCAAAAAAACAUUUUUGGUGCAAGCUUUUCUAGUUCAGUACUUUUCUUACCACAGGCAACUAAUACUCAUCGAAACAAUUCUAAAAACCCCAAACACAGGUUGCGUUGUUUCAUCACGGAGUUCCUAUGGCCACCUCCCGUCUCCAUCAUCAGAUCAGCUCGAUGGUACCAUAAUAUUGCAUUGUCACCCGAAUUAAAUUUUCAGCUCAAUCAGAAGUCGGGAAGUGGGUCAAAUUUAGCUUCCAAGAUUUGACCCACAGUAACUAACAAACCUACAUACUAACAGGGCGAGUUAAAUAAAUGCUGGUAAAAAUACAGCGAAUCUUAAGGUCUUCAUACAAAAAUUUUUUUUGCUCUAUUUCGUUUGUUUUAUAAGCUGGCAGCUAUAUAAACAAAUUACAAGCAUAUAAAUACCUCAUGUUAUUGUAUGUGCAAAGUUUAAUUACAAUCUAAUACUCGUACCUAGUUUUAAAAUGAGAUCGAGACUCCGUUUGUAUGGGAAAGUGAAAUUCGGCCAAGCUUACUGCGGACUCUUAAAAACGUGAGAAAUCUGUCAAAUUCCAUACAAAGGAAGGUACCGGCUUUAGGAUUGUAAUUUAAUUCACCCAAGGGUUAUUUUAACUACUUAUCUCCUUACUUGAUUUUAAUAUAUUUUUUUAUUU